AUGGCAUCUUCUCAGCCAAAUAUUCAUUUCAACUUCCCUCAGUUCCAUCCUCCACCACCAUCCCACCCUUUCAACUAUCCGCCACCGCCACCGCCACCGCCACCCUCACAUUGUUUCACUCCUCCACCACCACACGCGCACCCACCACCAUCACCGCACCACCCUGUGCUUCCACCACCAUACCCAGUUCCAACACCACCCUCUCCAGAUAACCACCACCCAACUAUCAUAGUGAUUGUGUUUGUAUCCUUUGGAGGCCUUUUGUUCCUUUCAGUGCUGGCUUUUGCUCUGUUUUGCCUGAUCAAGAAGAUGAAGAAGAAGAAACAAGAAACUGAUAUCAUCCAUUUUGAUGAGCACAGGCAUGUCACUGAAGCCAUUGUGCCUGGCCCUUGUGGUGAGCAAGUGGUGGUGCUAUCAGUUGACGAUGAUGUCCACAUUGACGAAGAAAUCAUCAAGAAUGAGGAAUUUGGUCAUGCUAUGCAGGAAAAACAAUCAUCAACUGCCAAUGAAGGCAAUGAUCCUAGAAGCCCUGAUCAUGAUCAUCAGCAGAAAGCUUGA